GCCCUCUUUCGCUCCGUAGCAAUGAUGGUGCCGGACUACGCGAUGAUCGCUGAGAUCUCACUCUACUCAUGCGGCUUCGUUAACGCCCGUCCUUUAGCCGUCAAGAUCGUUGCCACCUAUCGGCUCUGUUCUGAACAGCUUUCCAGUCAGUCUCACUACGAUUACGGCAUGCGAGCUGUAAAGUCAGUAUUGACGGCUGCUGGAAAUCUUAAGGUAUUCAAUCUGGGCAAAUUCGACAAUCACAUACAUCAGCACUACUACUAUUAA